GGGGGUGGGGAAGGGUCCGGGGAAACAGGGCCGGCGACCCGGCGGCGCAGAGGCGGCGGCGGCGGCGGCAGCAAAACAGCGGGGGCCGGUUCUGGCUGGACCAUGUAUUUCCUGAGCGGCUGGCCCAAGAGGCUGCUCUGCCCCGUGGGGAGCCCAGCGGAGCCUCCCUUUCACAUCCAGACCGAUUCCCAGAGAGCUUUCUUCGCAGUGCUGGCCCCGGCCCACCUCAGCAUCUGGUACAGCCGACCUAGCGUGUUAAUCGUAACCUACAAGGAACUGGCAAAAUCAUCUACUCAGUUUGGAUCCUACAAGCAAGUUGAAUGGAGGCCAGAUAGUACCAUGAUAGCUGUAUCAACAGCAAAUGGCUACAUCUUAUUUUUUCAUAUUGCCUCAGCAAGAGGAGACAAGUACCUUUAUGAGCCUAUAUAUCCCAAAGGAAGUCCACAAGUAAAGGGAACACCUCAUUUUAAGGAAGAACAAUAUGCUCCAUCAUUGCAUUUGGAGAUGAAAAAAGUACUGGAUUUACAAGCACCUAUCAUUAGUUUGCAGUCAAUGCUGGAAGAUCUUCUGGUUGCUACAUCUGAUGGGCUGCUUCAUCUUAUUCACUGGGAAGGGAUGACAAAUGGAAGGAAAGCCAUCAAUCUCUGUACAGUACCAUUUUCAGUAGACUUACAGUCAUCUCGAGCAGGUUCAUUCUUGGGCUUUGAAGAUGUGCACAUCAAAGAUAUGGAAUAUUGUGCUACACUUGAUGGGUUUGCUGUUGUAUUUAAUGAUGGUAGAGUUGGAUUCAUUACACCAAUGUCAAGUAGAUUUACUGCUGAGCAGCUCCGUGGUGUUUGGGCACAAGAUGUUAUGGAUGGAACUUGCGUAGCAGUAAAUAACAAAUACAGACUGAUGGCAUUUGGUUGUGCUAGUGGAUCUGUGCAGGUUUACACAAUAGAUAACACCACUGGAGCCAUGCAACUGUCUCACAAAUUGGAGCUAACACCAAAACAAUAUCCUGAUAUUUGGAAUAAAACAGGAGCUGUUAAAUUGAUCAAGUGGUCUCCUGAUAACAGUGUUGUGAUGGUGACUUGGGAACAUGGAGGCCUUUCUUUAUGGAGCGUGUUUGGUGCCCAGCUGAUUUGUACUCUCGGAGGAGAUUUUGCUUACCGAUCAGAUGGCACUAAGAAAGAGCCUCUUAAGAUCAGCUCUAUGAGUUGGGGUGCAGAAGGCUAUCACCUGUGGGUAAUUAGUGGAUAUGGUUCUCAAAAUGCUGAUGUUGAGUCUGACAUGAAGAGUACAGCUAAUGAGCCUGGUAUUCUACAAUUUCAGUUCAUCAAGAGUGCACUCACUGUUAACCCUUGUAUGAGUAAUCAGGAGCAGGUGCUACUUCAGGGAGAGGAUCGCUUGUAUUUGAACUGUGGAGAUGCCUCACAAGCCCAGAAUCCUAGAAACUCAUCAGCACACUCUGAACAUAAGCCCAUCCGGGAAAAGAGUCCAUUUUCAGACGGAAGUUUAGAUUCUCAGGGUUUAAGCACUUUACUUGGACACCGACAUUGGCAUGUUGUGCAGAUUUCCAGCACUUAUCUAGAGAGCAAUUGGCCUAUAAGGUUUUCAGCAAUUGACAAGCUGGGACAAAAUGUUGCUGUCGUUGGCAAGUUUGGUUUUGCACAUUAUUCAUUACUCACCAAAAAAUGGAAGCUCUUUGGAAACAUUACCCAGGAGCAAAAUAUGAUUGUGACAGGUGGCUUAGCCUGGUGGAAUGACUUUAUCGUCCUGGCAUGUUAUAACUUAAAUGACCGCCAAGAAGAGCUAAGAGUUUACUUGCGAACAUCCAACCUGGACAACGCUUUUGCUCAUGUCACCAAAGUUCAGGCAGAAACAUUACUGCUUAGUGUUUUCCGGGACAUGGUAAUAUUAUUUAGAGCUGACUGUUCUAUAUGUCUUUACAGUAUUGAAAGAAAAACUGAUGGUGUAAAUACUACUGCCAGUAUUCAGGUUCUCCAGGAGGUUUCCAUGUCUCGCUACAUCCCUCAUCCUUUCCUGGUGGUAUCUGUGACUCUGACAUCAGUGAGAACAGAAACUGGGAUCACUUUGAAAAUGCCACAUCAGGCCUGCGAUGCAGAAAGCAUCAUGCUAAAUUUGGCAGGACAGCUCAUCAUGAUGCAGAGGGAUCGAUCCGGCCCUCAAAUCCGGGAAAAGGACAACAGCCCUAACCAAAGGAAACUUCUGCCAUUCUGUCCUCCUGUUGUGCUAGCCCAGUCUGUUGAAAACGUCUGGACGACGUGUCGAGCCAAUAAACAAAAACGCCAUCUCCUGGAAGCACUCUGGCUGAGUUGUGGUGGGGCAGGAAUGAAAGUAUGGCUUCCUCUUUUUCCUCGAGAUCAUCGAAAACCACAUUCCUUCCUGUCCCGAAGAAUCAUGCUGCCUUUCCACAUCAACAUUUACCCCCUGGCUGUCCUGUUUGAAGAUGCACUGGUCCUUGGUGCUGUCAAUGACACUUUGCUCUAUGACUGUUUGUAUACCCGUGGCAAUGCUAAGGAACAGUUGGAGGUACUUUUUCCUUUCUGUGUUGUGGAAAGGACCUCCCAGAUCUACCUCCAUCACAUUCUGCGCCAGCUUUUGGUCAGGAACCUUGGUGAACAAGCCUUGCUUUUGGCCCAGUCUUGUGCCGCAUUACCUUACUUCCCUCACGUGCUGGAAUUGAUGCUCCAUGAAGUGUUGGAAGAAGAAGCUACCUCACGGGAGCCUAUUCCCGACCCUUUGCUUCCCACUGUAGCAAAGUUCAUCACAGAGUUCCCCCUCUUCCUGCAGACAGUUGUUCACUGUGCCAGGAAGACUGAGUAUGCCCUGUGGAAUUAUCUUUUUGCAGCUGUUGGGAACCCUAAGGAUUUGUUUGAGGAAUGUUUGAUGGCACAGGAUUUGGACACAGCUGCAUCAUACCUAAUUAUCUUACAGAAUAUGGAAGUCCCAGCAGUGAGCAGGCAGCAUGCCACUCUUCUCUUCAACACUGCUUUGGAGCAAGGCAAGUGGGAUCUCUGUCGACACAUGAUUCGAUUUCUUAAAGCCAUUGGCUCUGGAGAAUCUGAGACGCCUCCACCAACACCUACUACUCAGGAACCCAGUUCAAGUGGUGGAUUUGAGUUCUUCAGGAACCGAAGCAUUAGUUUGUCACAGUCAGCUGAGACCUUGCCCGCUAGCAAACUGAACUUGCAGAAAACUCUCAGUAUGCCUUCUGGUCCUUCUGGGAAAAGGUGGAGCAAAGACAGUGACUCUGCUGAAAAUAUGUACAUUGACAUGAUGCUCUGGAGACAUGCCCGGCGCCUCUUGGAAGAAGUUCGGCUAAAAGAUCUCGGCUGCUUUGCUGCCCAGUUAGGCUUUGAACUGAUUGGCUGGCUGUGUAAGGAGCGCACCAGAGCUGCUCGAGUGGAAGAUUUUGUGAUUGCUCUGAAGAGACUCCACAAGGAUUUCCUGUGGCCAUUCCCAGUCAUCCCCAUUUCUUCCAUCAGUUCACCAUUCAAGAAUGGAAAAUACCGAACAGGUGGGGGAGAACAGUUAUUAAAGUCUCAGUCAGCUGACCCUUUUUUAAACCUUGAAACGGAUCCUGGAGUGCCUAGUGCUCCAAGAAGUCAGAGUUGGCUUGGCAGCAUUAGUUCUACUCACCAGGAGAUAGAUACAGCCUCAUCCCAUGGACCACAAACACAAGAUGCCUUCCUGUCACCUUUAUUAAAUAAAGGGGACGAAUGCAGUAUUGGUUCAGCCACAGACCUAACUGAAACCAGCUCUAUGGUGGAUGGUGACUGGAUGAUGGUGGAUGAAAAUUUCUCUACUCUAAGCUUAACACAAUCAGAGCUAGAACAUAUCUCUAUGGAGUUGGCCAGUAAAGGGCCACAUAAAUCCCAGGUCCAGCUCCGGUAUUUGCUGCAUAUCUUCAUGGAAGCAGGGUGUCUGGACUGGUGCAUUGUUAUAGGCCUUAUUCUUCGAGAAUCUUCUAUAAUUAACCAGGUGUUUGGGCUGACACAAUCUUCAGAGAUAGAUGGAGAGAUGUUACAGAACAUAAAAACUGGGCUACAUGCUAUAGACAGAUGGGCUUCUACAGAUUGCCCUGGAUACAAGCCAUUUUUAAAUGUCAUUAAGCCACAACUCCAGAGACUAAGCGACAUCACAGAAGAGCAGAUCCAGCCUGAAGCCUUUCAGCCAGCAAACAAGGUUCCUGAACAGGCUGCCAGCCCCAGAGCUGAGGAGAGCAGAAGCUCUACUUGCCAUAGCAACAGCCCUCCAGGUGAGGCUGGCAACAGCAGUGCUGCAAGCUGGACUGAAGGCUCCAUGGCUGGAUCCCAGGAAGAAGAACCUCUUCAGGAUGGGACCUAUGACUGUACAAUCUCGUAACAGGAGCGGUCUUCUGUCACCACAGGCAGUAUUAGCAGAGUGCGACUGAGUACACUGUGAACAAGUCAGAUGAUUUAAAGGGGAAAAAUCUGUUCAAACUUCUUUUUAACUCAAAGAAAUUUGUUUGAAUUCAUGAACAAUGUGAUUUCAAAUAAAUGUUCUUUCAUAAAAAUGUUUUUUAAGCUGCAAAGUAAUAAAGAUUAUUGUACAGAUGUAUAUGAGAAUAUCUGGUUUUAUUUUGAAGGGUUUAGAACUAUUAGUAAUAAACUAUAGGGAUGGCUCUCCAUCAGCCUAAACUUGUUCUCUCUGUUCUUGCAGCAGGUGGUUGUUUCCAAAACAACUCACAGUGUACAGUGUCAUCCCUUACAUCAGCUGUCUGUCAAUUUGGCUACUUAAUACACUUUGUAUAGGACCAUACUCAAGUGAAUUAUGUUCCAGAGCUCAUGGAGACACCACAAAUGGCUUGAAGUUAGUAUACUCAAACCAAGAACUCCUAAAAGUUUUAUACCUGUCUUACCUAGUUGUAGGCUGACAAGCUGGGGUCUAAAGGUACUCAUGAAUUAUGCUGUUGGAUACCACAAAGAUAUUUUGUACUAAAAAUGUUUAUCUUUCUUUGUGUGAAUAGUCUUAUUUGUAAAUACUCUCAAAGGAGCUGAUUCUCUGCUUGAGGCUUUGUAUCAUAGUUUAUAAAGGUUUAAUUACUCUGUACUCAUGUCAUGCAGAAAGGGCACUCUGCUUUGGAUUAGACAGUCUCUCUCCAAUGGGCAUGGCAAUAAGCAACAGAGCCGGAUACCUUCACCAUGCAGACAAUGAGGAAUGGCUUUAUGCAAAUUCAUGGAGGUUCUUAUUUAUUGCUUUUGUAAAUGGAUUAAAAAUGGAUUUUUUUGUAAAUACAAUUGCUAAUCCUGUAUCAUAGGUACUAAGCAUCAGUAAUGUAUACAAUGCUUGCUCCGUUGUCACUUUACAAGCAUUUUAUAAUGUAUUUCUGGAUAAGGAAAUAAUUUUUCUUUUCAUAUAAUGCUAUGGAAACAUGUCUACAUAAUUCUUAGUUGCUUUAUGGUAUUUUCAUCCCAGCCUAUAUUUACCACAAUGUAUGUAAUACUAAAUAUCUUACAACAGUAUUAAUUUAGAUAGCUUGUUUGUACUGUGCAAUUUGAACAAAAGGAAUGCAACAUUAUUUUAUAAAAAAAAAAAAACCAAACAUUUAUUUUUGUAAUGACAAUGUAUUCGAUUGAUGUGGACCAAAUUCCUCCCACUGUAAAAACACUCUUCUUGUAGUGUGGUUAUAAGCAUACAUUUUACUCAGAAAAACAGAACUGUCCUGUCUGCUUGCUCGUGGAGCAAAUGCAAACUAGCAAGGUUGGGUUUUCUUGUAGUUUUCUCUAGAAGGGGAAAGCUUAAGACCAUUUAGGAUACUUUUAGCUCUCAAGUCAUCAAAUAUAUUUGAAAUUAUUUUGGAGUUUGGUAAUUUGCUGUUUGCUUUACUUUUUAUAUCACAAGUGCAAUAAUAUCAAAUAAUAAAAUUCCUGGCUGGGUGGAAUUUAAGUGAUUAUUGGUAUUUGGGUCCUGUGGUGCUAGUUUUGAGUUUCAAACACCUUUCAUAUUUUGCUCUACCCUCAUAAGCAGGCGGAAACCUUGCAUGUGAGUGACAAAGUAAGUAAGUAAUAUUUAAAACAUUUUCAGAAAAUUCAUCAGUUUUGCUACAAAGGGCAACUUACUAGCUGAGAUGGAAAAACUGGGCAUCACGACACAUCCUUGAAAGCAAUUACAAUCCUUAUUCCAUGAAAUGAUCUUUCCUAAUGCCCUGGGGAAAAGAUGAGCGUAAUAGUUUAUAGAACUUUUCAGCUUAUGUGUUCUUUUGGAAUGUGCAAUAACAACCUAAAUCCCACAUCUCUACAUAGUAAAAGAUGCAAAUUUAUUUCUGAUUAAUUACAAUUAGGAGGCCUUGAAGAAAAGAUUCUGCAAAGUUUACAGGUUUAUUUUCUCUCCAGUAAUAAAUUUGUUAUAUAUACUUUAAUAAAAAAAUUCAAAUUAUCCUUUUGGCUGACUUAUUGUAUAGAAAACAGAUCCACCAUUUAAGCCACAUCUUAAAUAUAAAAUAUACAUGUUGUAAUGUGUCUACUCCUAAGCUGACAGCUAUACAACAAUAUUUAUGGGCAAGAAAAUGUGGGAUAGAUUGAAUCUUUAUUACAAUAUCUUUUAUUAUGCAUUUUCUAAUUGGUGUACACAAGGGCAAAAAUAAAACCAUUCUAGGGACCUGACC